AUGAAGGGUUGGCUAACAAUCUACACCUCCGAAGAUCCAAAAUCUCCAUUCACAAAACUAAGCGCAAGGACACAAGUCUUAACCAAAGUGAAAGCCCUGUUGAAACUCUACAAAGACGAGAACCCUAGCGUGGUCCUGGUAGGGCACAGCCUAGGUGCAUCCUUGUCCAUCGUGAGCGCUUUCGACCUCGUUGAAAACGGCAUCACCGACGUCCCCGUCGCCGCUUUCGUUUUUGGGAGGCUGCUAGGGUACGAAUAUACCGGCGUGGAGCUCGAGAUCGAUACGCGAAAAUCGCCGAAUCUGAAGGACUCGAAGAACCCUAGCGACUGGCAUAACCUGCAGGCAAUGCUGCAUGUGGUGGCGGGGUGGAAUGGGAAGCAUGGUGAGUUUAAGUUGAGAGUGAAGAGAAGCUUGGCUCUUGUGAACAAGUCUUGUGAGUUUUUGAAGGAUGAGUACCGCGUGCCUGGGUUAUGGUGGGUUGAGAAGAAUAAAGGGAUGGUGAAAAGGUACGAUGGUGAGUGGGUCCUGGAUGCCCCAGAAGCGGAGGACAUACCUGUGCCUGAAGAUUAUGAUUGA